CUUGGCGUAAAUAAAAAAAGGUCUGCUUCUUCGCCGUCUAUCUGUGCGGCCUCUUCCUCUUCUCAAGAUGACGGAGGAAGAGGUAGCCAUGGAAGUGGAAGCUCUAGAAGCAGUUUACGGCGAAGACUGCGUUAUAUUGGAUUCCUAUCCUCCUCAUCUUCACCUCCAUAUCAAGCCCCGUACCGCCGACAUCUCUUCUCAGCAGUUUGUGGAAGCUGUUGUGAGAAUCCAAGCAGGUUCUAAGUAUCCAGAUGAACCACCUCGAAUUACUCUGAUUGAAUCCAAGGGUCUUGAUGACCAAAGGCAAAAGCAUUUGACUGGCAUUGUGCAAGAGAAAGCUUUUCAACUAUCAUCUUCUUUAAUGCUUGUAGAACUUUGUGAGGAAGCAGUUGAGAGGCUCACAAUUAUGAAUCACCCGGAUGGAGAUUGUCCACUGUGUUUGUAUCCCUUAUUCCCUGAGGAAGACGGGAGUAAACAAAUGCCCUUUAUGAAGCUGAUGUCUUGUUUUCAUUGUUUCCACUGUGACUGCAUCAUUAGGUGGUGGAAUUGGCUUCAUGCACAAAAAGAUGCUGAUUCGAAAUCUGGUGACACUUCACAUAUGCGUAGAGGAUCAAGUACUCGAGAAGCAGAUAAAAGCUUGGGAAACUGUCCAGUGUGCCGCAAAGUUUUUCAUGCGAGUGACAUUUAACAUGUUCUUGACUUAGUUGGUGGUCAAUCAUCUCUACAGGACUCUGGUUUAAUACAAGGUAAGGACCAAGACCCGCUGCUCCAGUCAGAUUCAGAGAACAUAAGAAGAGAACGGUUUGAAGCUAUUCUAAAGACGCAGGAAGAAAAGGGCGGUUUGGUUCAACCGAAGAAAAACAUAUCGGUUGUACCCGGUAUGUAUCUUCCUCCACCAGCUCCUGCAUCAUCGUCACCAAACGAAGAAGAAGAAGCUGGGCAAAGCCAAGAACAAGGAGAAGAAGAACCCAAAGAAGCUGAAUCAGAGACAAGCUCUAGCAGCUCCAGCAACAGGAGAGGUCGAGGGAGAGGCAGAGGCCGAGGCCGGGGGCAUAAUGUCAAUCAAAGGAAGCAGAAUUCGCAAGAUCCAAGAAAACCGACGAGGCAAUGGGUGCAGAGAGCCAAAGAAAGUGACAAAUAAUUUAUGCUUAGAAUCAUGUGAUACAUCAAACUCAGACUCAAAACACAAGAUAUAUAUUGUGACUUUAUGAGCAUUUUCGGCUAAAAUAUCUCUCUUUUACCCACUACAUA